CAGCGUUUGCCAAGCAAGACAAAAUAUGAGAAGCAGUGUGUACCAGAUAGCUCUAGCUAUUAUGAGUGUGUGUGAAGGAGUAUGGACACUUCCCCUCCCAAAGCCAAAGCCUACAGAUCCUAAAACAGAAUUUGACAGCAUCCUCCACAUGGCUAAACAUCUCCUAAGUGACACCAAGCAUCUCUACACCAAUUUUAAAGCCAAAUUCCCAUAUGAAGGGGAGCACAAGUUGGAAAGUUUACCGGUGCUGACCAUAAAUGCUGUGGAGCUGUCUAGUAUUCAGAUUCCUGCUGGUCUUACAAAGCUCAGCUCUGAGCUCUUCAUAUAUCAGAAGCAUUUUGAUUGGCUGAAGAAAGCUGCACAUGUUGUUCGCCCAUUGGAUCACGAGUUUACCAGCAUUCACAAUCGCAUCGACAAGCUGGUGAAGAAAAUUGAUUCUUUGAUGACAAAACUAAACAUCGCCCGUGCUAGUGACCCACCUCUGCCACAGCUUCCUAACACGACAACCCAGUGGGGGGUUGUGCAAACCGGCCAUGCCGUUUUCCACCAUUUCCACCUCUUCCUGGACUAUGCAACUCGUGCCCUGGUACUGAUGAAAAAUAAGUUGUGAAGAGGACUUUACCAUUUUUUAACUUCUGCCUCAGGACUGGCCAAUGUGCUGCAAUAAGACCAAUCUAGGCUGCCUGAAGUAGAGAGAGACACUCCGAUUGAUUGUUUAUGAUCUAUGGAUCUUACGAAACACAAUUGCCUAACU